GACGGUACUGUUCCUUGAGAUUGUGUUGAGGUUCAAUAGAGUAAUGUUGAGAGCAGUGUUGAGGUCAGAAUGGGAAUAAAUUGGUCAAUUAGAGUAACAGACAGUUAGUGCUGGAUGAAGGCAUCACUAAUCUGCAUUUGGUUUCCCCAUUCUAGAGAUCAGAUCCUGAUUGUUUUUAAAUUGAAAGAGACUUAUGGAGAAUUUUGGGUCAUCAAUGGCAAAAGGACGAAAAUGUAGGAUUGGUAUGUUUCCUGCCCUUCUUUGGGAUGGUGCUGUAGCAAAAGUUACUGCUACCAUCAGGCAGGAGAUACAGGAGCCUUAGAUCCCACACCACCAGGUUCAUGAAUAGUUGUUACCCUUCAAUCAUCAACUCCUGGAGCAGCGUCGAUAACUUCAUGCACCUCAACACUAAACUGAUGCCACAACAUAUGGAUUCGCUUUCAAGGGGGUUGGUGACUGGGGAUGGCAGAUUGGUGGCUGAGAGUGGGGAUUGGUGAGUGAAUUGUAAAUGAGGGUGGUGGAUUGGUAUGUGAAGGUGGGGACAAGUUGCUCUAUUAGGCUGUGGAUUGGUGGCGAGGAUGAGGGGAUUGGUGUGUGAGGGUGGAGGAUUGGUAGGUGAGAGUGGGGGUUGGAGGUGGAGAAUAGAAUUGAAGAAGUGGGCUGAGAUCAAAGAGGUGAAAGUGGGAAAUCACAAAGGAGGGUGAGUUCUACAGAGCUAAAUAGUGAGGGUGAGGGUGAGGCUGGCAGGGAAAGAGGACACAAGAUGGGCACAGUCACUCCUGCUUUAGAUAGCUGGAUACUGAAUUCCUUUUCUAUAGGGAUAAGCAGUAACCAACAGAGCCCAACACUUAACACUAACACUGUAAGGGGUGGCCCCCUUCAGAGGAAACAUUGACCUGCCAGUUUCCUCAGGAAAAUGCACCAAUUCAGACACUAGUGCUGGAAAAAUGUUAUAGAAGGUAUUGGCUGGGCUGGAACAAAGAAUACUGCAUGUUGCUCAAAAUGUAGGUGAAGUUCAAACUAAUUGCAGUUUCCUUAGCAACAUCUUUCACUGGAGGAAGUGAGUGAAGUCAAAGGAGAAGUUACUUAAUAUCAGAACAAGUUCAAUCAGAUAGGGCUGGGUAGGCCCAAACAAUGCCUCUUUUAAAGGGAGAAAUGGAGUGUGUGAGGGUGAUACUGAUGAACAGUUUAGUAAAUCUGGAUAUCCAUGAUGAAACAUAUACCAGGACUGAGAUACAGGCUGGAAUCUAACUGAGGAGUUUAGUGGAAGUAUGCAUUGAAUAAUAGACGUCAGGAAUAAAUUACAGACUGGAAUCUCAUUAUGGCAUUGGGAGGUUUAAAUAUAGAAUACUAGAUUCUUGGGAGGCUGAAAUUCAUUGGAGGAUUGUUGGGUUUACAGAUGCCCGGAAUUGGAAGAUGGGUUGGAAUCUAACUGAGGAGUUUAAGUGGUUGUAGAUAAAGUAAUAGAUAAUCAUGGCUGACAUUAUGGGAAAGAUACAAAAUCAUCACACUGUUUGUGUUGCCAGCAUUAAGGAUUAUUGCUAUGAAGAGUGGCUUAACCUGUUAGCCCUUUUAUCUACAGUGGAAUGAACUGAAAAGGAUAUGAAUUGGUCAUUUAGAGAAGAUCUGCCAGAUUGUUUUGGACUUAAACAUAUUGAUCCUGGACUGCCAUUUUAACUUAAGAUUCUGACCACAACAGAACUCUUCUGACACUAUCUUCAGCAGCCAAAGUACAUUUAUUUUUAACAAAUUCUCUGCUUAUCAGAGCACCUGUAGUGAUCCAUUCCACUCAGUCCGAAACAGGGCUGAACCAAUUGUCAGCGAGAGAAGACAAGAUUGGUUCAACCCUGGCCAAACUGAGAGCCAGAGUUGAUCGUUUUAGACAGGAAAAAGAUGCCGCUAUUAGCCAUAUGCUGAUUGGUAACUUUCCCUUGAGUGGCCUUGAAAACAUCAACAUUAUACCAAACUACUAUCAUUCAAGUUAAAGACUAUUUGUGGAAUCACAUUGAAGCAUAGGAGAAUAAGAGGAGAUUUAAGACAAUAAGACCAUAAGAUAUAGGAGCAGAAGUAGGCCAUUUGGCUUAUUGAGUCUGCUCCACCAUUCAAUCAAGGGCUGAUUCCAGUUCUUCCAGUCAUCCCUGCUCCCCUGCCUUCACCCCAUACCCUUUGAUGCCCUGGCUAAUCAAGAACCUAUCUAUCUUUACCUUAAAUACACCCAAUGACUUGGCCUCCAUAGCCUCUCGUGGCAACAAAUUCCACAGAUUUACCACCCCCUGACUAAAGUAAUUUCUCUGCAUCUCUGUUCCAAUGGACAUCCUUCAAUCUUGAAGUCAUGCUGUCUUGUCCUAGACUCCCCUACCAUGGGAAAUAACUUUGCCAUAUCUAAUCUGUUCAGACCUUUUAAUAUUUGGAAUGUUUCUAUCAGAUUCCUCCUCAUUCUCCUCAACUUCAGGGAAUACAGCCCAAGAGCUGCCAGAUGUUCCUCAUACGAUAACCCUUUCAUUCCUGGAAUCAUUCUGAACCCUCUCCAAUGUCACUAUAUCCUUUAUAAAAUAAGGAGCCCAAAACUUCACACAAUACUCCAAGAUCAUAUAUAUAAAAUGCAAGCAGGCUUUUUCCACUAAAGUUGGGUGAGACAAGAACUAGUGGUCAUAGAUUUAGACCAUAAGGGUGAAAGGUGAAAUAUUUAAGGGAUCAUGAGAGAGGAACUUCUUUACUUAGAAAAUGGUGAGAGUAUGGAAUGGGCUGCCAAUGGAAGUGGUGGAUGCAGAUUCUAUUUCAGCAUUCAAGAGAGAUUUGGAUAACUAAAUGGAUGGGACGACUGUGGAGGGCUAUGUUUCAGAUGUAGUCCAACGGGACUAGGCAGAAUAAUAGUUCAGCAUGAGAGAUGUGGAAAGCAGCAGUGGGCCAUAAUGUUAAAGUGGAGCAGGAGAAGGAUGGAGAUGAUUGGGAUACAGAUCCUGACUUUGUCAAUGAUAUUUCAGAACAGGAGCAACGAUGGGGAGCAAAGACCGUCGAUGGGUCUGGUAGGCCCCAGCACAUCAAUGUGCACGAACUGAGGGAGAAUGUCUCAAAGGAUCACGAGACCUUGAAGAAAAAGGAAAUGGAGGAAGGAUCAAAAGCAUCAUAUGGUUAUGGUGGAAAGUUUGGGGUCCAGAGGGAUCGGAUGGACAAGUCUGCGCUAGGAAAUGAGUAUGUUGCUGAAGUGGCAAAGCAUUCAUCACAGACUGAUGCAGCCAAAGGAUUUGGUGGGAAGUAUGGAGUACAGAAAGAUCGAACAGACAAGUCAGCCAUGGGAUAUGAGUACAAAGGAGAAGUGGAUAAGCAUGUUUCACAAAAAGAUUAUGCCAAAGGAUUUGGUGGCAAAUAUGGAGUGGAAACAGAGAAGGUGGAUAAAUCUGCUGUGGGAUACGACUACAAGGGAGCAACUGAGAAACACGAGUCCCAGAAAGAUUAUGCCAAAGGAUUUGGUGGCAAAUAUGGAGUAGAAAAGGAGAAGGUGGAUAAAUCGGCUGUGGGAUACGACUACAAAGGUGUGACUGAGAAACACGAGUCACAGAAAGAUUAUGCAAAAGGAUUUGGAGGAAAAUUUGGAGUCCAGAAGGGUCAUCAGGAUCAGGCCGCCCAUGGAUGGGACCACAAGGAGGAAGUGAAACUGCACGAGUCCCAGACAGAUUAUGCAAAGGGCUUUGGAGGGCGAUAUGGGGUGCAGCAGGACCGGAUGGACAAGAGUGCAGCCACCUUCACGGAAAUGGAGAGUCCGACGUCGUCCUACCAAAAGACAAUGCCAGUGGAAGCCGCUGGCAGCAGUGCAAGGAGCUUGAAGUCAAGGUUUGAAAAUAUGGCUAAAGCCAGUGAUGAGGACAACAAAAAGAGAGCAGAGGAGGAGCGUGUUCGGAGACAGGCACGAGAGAGAAUGGAACAGGAAGAAGCACGCAGGAAGCAGCAGGAACAGGUGGAACAAGUGAUUCCAGAACCUGGGAGUGCUGAACAAAUCCCACCGACUCCUCGGAGGCGGAGUCAGAAACCAGCGGAAAACCCAGAGCCAGAGCCAGAGGAAGAGCCAGAGCCAGAGCCAGAGCCAGAGGAAGAGCCAGAGCCAGAGCCAGAGGAAGCCCAGGUCUAUGAUAAUCCUGAUUCUUGUCAUGAGGAAUCAACAAUGGAUGACUAUGAAAAUAUUGUAGAAUAUGAUCACCAGCCAGUUCCCAACAAGGAUUUGGAAGCUGAAGGCAACUAUGAAGAAUUGUCACCAGUCCCUGAAAUGAAAACAGAGACACUCAGUUCUGGUGCUGAGAACGUUUACGACAUUGCCAGUGCUGGUGUGACUGCGGUAGCUUUGUAUGAUUAUCAAGGAGAAGGUGACGAUGAAAUCUCCUUUGAUCCUGAUGACAUCAUCACAAACAUUGAGAUGAUUGAUGAGGGCUGGUGGCAGGGUCAAUGCCAUGGGAAAGUUGGCCUCUUCCCAGCCAAUUAUGUGAAACUGUCAAAGUGAACGUUGACCAGCUCGAUAGGAUGCAAAAAGUCGAUGAAACUUUGCCUCCACAAAUGUUACUUGACCGAAGUUCCUCCAGCGGUUUCUUGUGUCUCCAACAGGCGUUUAGAUUACUUAUUUUCUAUUAAUAUCAAACCAUUGGUGUCUGAAGCUGAAAGUUUUCAUAGCUAUCUAGUGUCUGCCAAGCAUAUUUCCUUUCCUCCUACUGAAACCUGAAUAUUUUCAUUGCCUUAACUGAAGCAGUUGCCAUACUAACAAGACAAUUAGUUCAGUGGAAAUGUCUAUUUAGCCUAAUACUCUAUACUAGUACUCACCCACUAACCAGUCCUGCAUAGUCUAAUACCAUUUCCUCUGAUUUUUAUUUCAUUUUCUCCUUCGCAAACUGUAAUCCUGCAGCUAAGGGAGCUAUGCCCUCAAAUUAUUUUAUUUAUUGUAGAACAAUGGACUCCUAUAUGGUUCAAUCACUAGUCUCUUAAGUUGGUGGAUACUGAAAUGCAUUUAACUAGGCAUCUUGUGUCCUUUACUUUGCAAACUGCUCCCUCCCAUGGUGAUCUUUCUCAAUAAAAGACCAUAGGACAUAUGAGCAGAAUUAGUCCACUCAGCCCCAUAGACCUACCUUCUUGCAAUAUGCUUUGAUGCCCUAACUGAUCAGGAAACGAUCAACUUCCGCCUUAAAUACAUGCUUGGACUUGGUCUCCACCACAGUCUGUGGCAGUGCAUUCCACAGAUUUAUUACUCUUUGGCUAAAAGAAUUCCUCCUUACUUCUGUUCCAAAGGGUCAGCUCCUCAAUUUUGAAGCAGUGCCCUCUAGUUCUGGAUACCCCCACCAUAGGAAACAUCCUCUCCACAUCCACCUAUCUAGACCUUUCAACAUUGGGUAUGUUUCAAUGGGAUCCCCUCCCCUCCCCCUGCAUUCUAAAUUCCAGUGAGUACAGGCCCAAAGAUGCCAAAUGUUCCUCUUAUCUUAACACUUUACUUCCCGGAAUCAUCCUUGUGAACCUCCUCUGGACUCUCUCCAAUGAUAACACAUCCUUUCUGAGAUAUGGGGCCCAAAACCAUUGAUAAUACUCUAAGGGCGGCCUGACUAGUUUUUUUAUAAAGGCUCUUAUUACCUCCUUGCUUUUACAUUCUAUUUCCAUUGAAAUGAAUGCUAACUUUGCACUUGCCUUCUUUACCACAGACUCAACCUGUAAAUUAACCUUCUGGAAGUCUUGCGCGAGGACUCCUCAGUCCCUCUGCACCUCUGAUGUUUGAACCUUCUCCCUAUUUAGGAAAUAGCCAUACAUUUCCCAACUCUGUAUUCCAUCUGCCACUUCUCUGCCCAUUCUUCCAAUUUGUCUUCCUGCUGCAAUUACAUUGCUUCCUCAGCACACAACCUACCCUCCACCUACCUUCAUAUCAUCCACAAACUUUGUCACAAAGCCUUCAAUUCCAUUAUCUAAAUCAUUGACAAACAAUGUGUAAAGCAUCAUUCUUCAUAACUGACCCCUGAGGAACACCACUAGUCACUGGUAGCAAACCAGAAAAUGUCCCAUUUAUUCCCACUCGCUGCCUCCUGCCUGUCAGCUAUUCCAGUAUCUUUUCUGUAAUGCCAUAGGAUUUUAUCUUGUAAGCAGCCUCAUGUGUGGCACCUUAUUAAACACGUUCUGAAAAUCCAACUAAA